ACCUGCUGGUUUUUCUCUAUUUAGUGAGGGAGGUUGAGGGCCUUUUGCCUUGUUCACAACCUUCCUGUACCGGCCAUAGCUAUGGAUGCACCUACUCAACCUCUGCUUUCCCCUGCUUAUGUCAAGAAAACCCCAAUUUUUUUAUCAUCCACCAAAUGGGUUCUCAAGAUUGUGAUGUGGGUGAUUUUCAUUUUCUGGGCUACCCUUAUUUUUCUGUUUCCUGCAGAACCUGUCAAUGAAUUGUUUGAGAAAUGGCUUCAACUAAGCAGUGGGACUGUUUUUGGUAUCACAGGAAGUAUUUUUCUGGUGUUCAGUGGUCCUAUUCUCAUAAUUGCAUUUCUUGCUAUUGUAUAUCUUGUCAUCUCUGACUCUGGGGAAGAGGAACUUCAAGAGAAGAGGACUUCCAACUGUCCAAGAUUUCGGUUGUGGACUUUUCCUGUUCUUGUGGAUGGACCUUUUGGAGUGGUCUCUGCUGCUGAGUUCAUCGGGAUACUCCUUUUUAUUGUGUUCAUCAUCUGGGCUGUUUAUUCUUAUACCUUAAAGAACUUCAGCCUUUUGGACGAGUUCCAGUUGCCCUCUAAGUUGGAAUGUUAUUUGAUGUUGGAACUGUCUGGACUUCGUUUUGGUUUGAUUGGAUUAUUUUGCUUGGCAUUUUUAUUUCUUCCAAUAGCAAGGGGAUCAGUUCUUCUCCGCCUUGUGGAUAUCCCCUUUGAACAUGCUACCAAAUAUCAUGUAUGGUUGGGACAUCUCACUAUGUUUCUCUUUACUCUUCAUGGACUAUUUUAUGUAAUAGCAUGGGCAAUGGAUGGCCGUCUCCUACAAGAAAUACUAGAGUGGAAAGAGAUCGGUGUUGCUAAUCUUGCAGGAGUUAUCAGCCUUAUAGCUGGUUUAUUAAUGUGGGUGACAUCUCUUUCUCCAGUGAGAAAGCAAUACUUUGAGUUGUUCUUCUACACCCAUCAACUAUAUGUAGUCUUUGUUGUCUUCUUGGCCCUGCAUGUUGGGGAUUUCAUUUUCAGUAUGGCUGCUGGAGGAAUAUUCCUUUUCAUGCUUGAUCGAUUUCUGAGGUUUUGUCAAUCACGAAGGACUGUUGACAUAAUUUCAGCCACAUACCUUCCAUGUGGAACAUUGGAAUUGGUCCUUUCAAAACCUGGAAAUCUUCGGUACAAUGCCCUCAGUUUUAUUUUCCUUCAAGUUAAGGAAUUAUCUUGGCUGCAGUGGCACCCUUUCAGUGUUUCCUCGAGUCCUCUGGAUGGCAAGUAUCAUCUUUCAAUUCUCAUAAAGGUUCUUGGGGAAUGGACAGAGAAGUUAAGAGGCAAUAUCUCAAAUUUUUGCAAGGAGAAACAAGAGCUACCCUUCCAACCUCAUUCAAAGAUAACGGCUUCGGUAGAGGGGCCUUAUGGGCAUGAAUCACCAUACCAUUUGAUGUAUGAAAACCUUGUUUUAGUAGCAGGCGGCAUCGGGAUUUCGCCAUUCCUGGCUAUCUUAAGUGAUAUUCUUCAUUCUGCUAGGGAGAAUAAAACUUGUCUGCCAAGAAAUAUCUUAAUUAUAUGGGCCAUUAAAAAAUCAAAUGAGCUUUCUCUUCUUUCUACAGUUGACAUGGAAUCAAUCUGUCCAUCUUUCUCUGAUAAAGUGAAUAUUGAGAUUCAGAUUUAUGUCACUCGAGAAUCAGAACCUCCAUUGGAAGAGGGUAAAAUUAACAAGACUGUGAACUCUUCUGUCUUCCCUGUCUUGAGUGGACGUGGACUGUCUGUUUUGGUUGGUACAGGAAACAAUAUAUGGUCCGGAAUUUAUGUUAUCUUACCUGUACUUGGCUUUGUUCUCUUUAUGGACUUGUUGAAUAUCUAUUACAUAAAUCCUUUUGGUAUUAAUGCUUGGUGGUACAAAGGGCUUCUGUUUGUGUUAUGCAUGGUUGCAAGUGUUGUUAUCUUUGGAGGUGCUGUGGUUGGUUUUUGGCAUCUUUGGGAAAGAAGAAUUUCAGAAAGUGAGGAAUUUGAGGAUAAUCAGAUGAAGAUUGGCAUGGUGCAACAUAUAAAUGGGUCCAUGGAAGACAAGGAAUCAAGUCAGGAAAGCCUUGCUGGUACAAGUACCAUUCAGUAUGGUUGCAGGCCAGACUUCAAAGAAAUUUUUGGAUCCAUAUCAGAGCGUUGGGGUCAUGUUGAUGUGGGUGUCAUUGUGUGUGGUCCUCCAACUCUUCAAGCAAGUGUUGCUAAAGAAUGCAGAUCACAGAAUAUAAGGAGAAGAUGCCAUGAUCCAAUCUUCCAUUUCAACAGCCACAGUUUUGAUUUAUAAUGAUGUCCGAUAUCAUCUUCACAACAUAUUGAGGCAAGAGUUCCCCACUUCUGAACUUGGGCUUCUGCCACAUCUAUGCCAUGUACAUAUCUGUAAAUAUAUUAUGGCUCAGAAAGAUGUAUAUGCAAUCAACUGCUGGGGCAUUGUCAUGAUUUGUGUAUGAUGAUAUCCUAUCUACAAUUCCGCUGCAGAUUUAUCAUAUAUGAAGCAUCUUAUUGUGUACAUUGAUUA